GGGACUAACAUGCCACCCUCAUGACAAACAUCAAGAUUUUCUUUUUAUACUUUGUCAUUUCUUAUAACGUUUUAUUAAUCGAAGAUUCAUUAAUGAGAAGAACAUUAGAACAUUUUCGCUACUGUAUUGUAUAAAAAAGAGAACCGCAUAUGGAGCGCGUGACAAAGAUGGAUGCUCAUUUUUCGGACAUUCUCGAGGAGUUCAUGAGGAAUGAGCUUGUGACCUGGGUGCAUCUCUUUGACAGUGUAAUUGAUGGAGAAGGGGAUGGGCCACUGUCCACCGAGUACCUGGAAGUGAAUUCCAACUCCCAGCAGUCCCAGGGCCGGUACCUGCGUCUGACAAAUGGAAUCUUUCUCAACAAAGUCAUGAGAAUAAUAGAUCCAAACCCAAAGGUGGAGCAGAUCUUCCAAAAUGAGAGCAACGACGAGGUGCUGAGGGUCCAAAACUUCUCUGUCCUGAACCGACACCUGAGGUCAUUCUAUCAGGAGGACCUCCAGCAGUUGCUUCUGAUGCCUCUCCCAAAUGUGGCUGUUUUGGGACGGGACCCUCUCACAGAGGCAGCUGUAGAGGAGUUACGCAGGCUGCUGCUGCUACUGCUGGGCUGUGCUGUGCAGUGUGAGAGGAAAGAGGUGUUCAUUCAGCAAAUACAGUCUCUUGAGAUUGAGACUCAAGCUGCCAUCGCCACCUGCAUUCAGGAGAUCACUCAGGACCUGAGCAAUGUGCUGCCCCUGCAGUGGGAGGAACUGUGUGCCCUGGAGGGAUCAGAGCUGCAAGGUCUCUUCAGCACCAUGGCCCAGCACAUCCAGGGCCUUCUCUCCCAGAGGGACACGCACCUGGAGAGGAUAGCAGAGCUGAGUGUGGAGCGCGAUUCAGUCGGGGACAUGCCCCACACGCCGUCCCCGAGCGUUCCCGAGGGCAUGGCUGUGCAGCUGGCUGACUGCCGGGCCAAACUGCGCCGGCUGAGGCAGGAUCUGGAAGACAAAGGUGACCAGCUGCUGGAUUAUAAGCAGGAAGUGCAUGCCAUGGAGGUGGAGCUUAAAAAACUGCGUCAGGAGAACCGCGCCCUGCAGGGCGAGGCACGUGCAGCACGGGGACUACGUGACGAGCUGGACUGUCUGCGCGAGCGCGCAGCCAAGGCUGACCGGCUACAGGCUGAGCUGCAGAGCUGCGCCCACCGUCUGCGCAGUUUAGAUCUCUACCGCACACAACUGCAGGAGCAGCAGCAGUACUGUGCCACGCUGCAGGAGACACGGGCCCUACUAGAGGAGCAGCUGGGUGAGGUUCGGGCGCGGUGUUCCAGCCUGAGGGAGUUAGAGAGGGACAACCUGCUGCUACGACAGAGACUCAUCGACCUAGAGGGGGAGCGAGAUGCAGAGAGGCAAAGGGUUGACGAGCUCCUGGAGGAGAACAUGAGUCUGGAGGCGGAGCUAAAGCACAGCCUGGGUGGGGCUCGGAACAUCCAGCUCUCUGGCAUGGACUCUGGAGACGAAUUCAUCCAUGACACAGACCUGAAGCCCCUGAGUGUGGAGGUCAGUGAGGCGUCGUCAUGGAAACUGCUGGGUGCUGAGACUGAGAAUGCAGAGCUGCGCAGACGUCUGGAGCAGCUGCAAGCUGAGCGGGAGCUCUGCACAGAGGGGGUAGGCCCCACACAGCUGGACAUGACCGAAUUACUGGAAGAGAGUUUGAAGCUGAAAGAGGAGCUGCAGAAACAGACAGUCACACAGACGAGUCUUGAAGCAGAGUAUCAGAACACCCUAAAGGAGCUCCAGAACUUGAAGGAUGAAAACUCCAGGCUGAGAAGCUGCUUGGAGUCCCUGAGGAUGAAACAGCAGUGGGAAGAGAAAGGAGAGAAAACAGCUGAAGAGGAGAGAAGUAACAGAGAAGCCGAAGAAAAGGAGACCCAGAGGGAGGAGGGGGAGGGUGGGAGGGAGGGAGAGGGAAAGGUGACCGGAGGAGAGAGACAGGGAAAGGAACAAGAGCGAGAGAGUGGAAUGGAGGGGAUCAGAACCAAGAGAGAGGAUGGUGAGGGGGAGGAGGUACUCAGUCUGAGGGAGAGAGUGGAACGGUUCAAACAGGUGCAGGGCGAUCAGGAGACAGAGCCCAAAGAGAGAGAUGAAGGAGAGAGAGAGAAAGAGUCAGGGGGAGUCGCAACAGCAAAAGAACUGAGUUGCAGGAAGGGUGAAACGGGAAGCAUGCUGAAGACAAAAAAGAGAGGAGAGAGCCUGAAAGAGAGGGAGGCCACAGAGGGAGAGGAGGAGAGGGAGAUGAAGGCGCCAAGGGGCCUCACGGAGGACCUGGAGGGGGAUGGCUCUGCCCUGGCCUCCCAGCUGCAGCGGGCCCUGCUGGAGGUGGAGCAGCAGAGCCAGGAGUGCAACCGGCAGGCUGGCCUAGCCCAAGAGCUGCAGUCCAGGCUGGCGGAGCAGAACCAGAGGGCCCUGAGCACAGAGCAGCGGCUGUCUGUUCUGGAAGCCGAGAACCUGCACUUGAAAAAGACCAUCGAGAACAUGGGAGAUGCCAGGAAGCAGAUCGAGACAUUACAGGCAGAGUCUGUGCAGAUGGAGGAGGAGCUGGCUCGUUUGCGCAGUCAGGCAGAGCUGCACCGGCUGGAGGCAGCCAUGAUCACGCAGCUGCAGGGGGAGAGGGCCCAGCUGGAGCAGGAGAGGGACGCACUACGCAGCUCCACUGACACUCUCCGGGCCGCAGCACGCAAGGUUGACCAGCUGGAGCUGACCAACCAGUCUCUGAAGGUGGAGGUGGAACGCCUGGAGCGGAGCCUGGAAUCGUCCCGCCGACGGGAGGCGGACUUGGAGGCAGAGCUGCGGGAGGCAGGGCUGGAGGCAGAGUCCCUGGGGCGGGGGAGGGACCAGGCGGUGCUGGAGGCCGCACGGCUGGAGCAGGAGAAGGAGGUGUUUCAGAGCCAGCUGGAUGCCUAUCGGCGGGAGGGCAGGCAGAGGGAGAGGGAGGCAGCCCGGCUGAGGCAGCAGCUGGAGAGCACAGCAUCAGCCCUGGAGUGCAGUAACCAGAGGGCCUGCUCCCUGGAGGCCGAGCACAGGCAGGUGUGCCAGGAGCUAUCACAGCUGCAGGAGGACUGCACGAAACUGCGUGAGAACUGUGCAAAACUGCACGAGCUUGAGAGGGAGAACAGCCAUCUAAGCUCGCUCAACAGCGAGGCCCAAUCCCAGCUCAGCACUACUGCCCAGGAAUUGGUCAAUGAGAAGACACAAUCCCAGGAGUGGGCGGAGCAGGUGGCAAAGCUGAGCCAGAGGCUCGAGAGACUGCAGGCUGAACAGAGCACCGCCCUCUCCUCAUCUCUCUCUCCAAUGCUCAAGGGAGGAGAGACUGAAACAGACACUGCAUCUCUGAUCCCACCAGGGGGCGCCAGACAGUCCAAGCUCCCACACACAGUGAUUGUGAAUGAGACAGAACCUCAGACCCAGGAACCUUCACAGCUCCCAGGGGCUCAGAUCUCUGACAGCCCACCCCUCCCACGAGGGGACCCAAGACUCGGUUCUGAGAGCACCCCACUCAGCCAGGGAGAGAGUGGGGUACAGAGCAAGCUGCCUCAAAAUACUGACCCUGCAGGAAAAACUCCCACCCACCAAAUGAAAAAUGAGACCCUCCCAGGAGCCUCUGCGCUUGGAACAGACAGGAAGGAGUUUCUGAGCGAGAGACUGGUUGAGGUGGAGAGGCAGAACACGGUCCUGCAGACAGAGCGCGAUGUGCUGCGCUUGCAGCUGCAGCAGGUGCAGUCCACCUGCGCACAUCUGCAGGAGCAGCUGGACAGCCUGCACAGGCACUCCAUCGCCCUUCAGGAGAACUGUGCCAACUUGCAGGCACUCAACGGCAAGCUGCAGACAGAACAGGCAACACUGAGCUCCCAGCAUGCAUUGGUGUGGGCCCGUUGCAGUGAGAGCGAGGCCCGGGUGGCAGCCCUGGAGGCGGAGUCUAAGGUGUGGGGAAGGGACCGGGAGGAGGUGCUAUUACGAGGGGAGGGGCUUCGGCGAGAUCAUGAGCGGCUGACGGCUCUGCAGCAGAGGCAGGAGGCGGAGCUGGAGGCCCUGCUCUCCAAACACAGCCAGCUCAAAGCCAACUUCCGCAAUCUGGAGAUGCAGCACCGCGAGCUGGAGGGAAGGUACCGGGAGCUGUCAGACCGUAGGGCCCAGCUGGAGGAGGGGGAGGCAGCCGUGCAGGCAGAGCGGGCGAGGAUGGAGAGAGAUGCACAGACGCAGGAACAGAGAGAGAGGGAGCUGGAGAGGCUGAGAGAGGAGAAUGACGGACUCCAUGCCCUGCAGAAAGAGUCAGUGCAGGUCCAAGCGGAGCUCCUGGCCCAAGGCUCGGUUCUGCGGGGCGAGCUGAGUGCAGCCCAGCUGGAGCGAACACGACUGGAGGGGGAACUGAGCACACUGAGGGAACAGAACCAGCACCUGGACCUCAACAAUGCCCGCCUGGCCAGCCAGUACCAGCUGCUGACCCAACUAAAAGGGAACAUGGAGGAGGAGACCCGGCACCUGAUGGAGCAGAACCAGAACCUGGCCCGGGAGAACCGAGCCCUUCUGGAGCGCAGCUUGGAGAGCCGUGACCAACACCACCUGCAGCAGAGAGAGUACCUGGAUAAGUUGAAUGAGCUGCGCAGAGAGAAGCAGAAGCUGGUGGAAAAGAUAAUGGAUCAGUACCGGGUCCUGGAGCCCAGUGUGCCACUGCCAAAUAAAACCAAGAAAAGCAACUGGAUAGCCGAUCGGAUGAAGAAGUUGAUUAAGCCACGAGGUGGGAGAGAAGUCAGAGAGGGAAGAGCUCAGUUCAUAGCAGCUGGGAGUGUGGAGAACCUCACAGAGGCUAGUGAUUACACACAGUAUGCACCAGCUGCACAGCAGGACCCGCUCAGUGCACCCGUCUCACCCUCUCCCCUCCGGAAAUCAUCGAGCACAGAGUCUGAGGAGCAGGCACGCGUCGUCCUGCGCUCAGGCCGUCGCAAGCUGGGAUCGCGGCACGGCUGGGGGCUGGGCCGCGGGAGAGGGGGCGUCUCGCAGUCGUUCAGCCCUGGGGACCAGCGCCCCUGUCCCCGUGACCGAUUCCAUUCCCAAGGGGGGGCCACUGCCAUCUGGCAGAGCAAGGGCAGCUCCACCCCCAGCCAUGAAAGUCUGGUAGAGGAAGAGAAAGCUGAGUGUGAAGACAACGUCAUGGCAGAAUCAAAGUCUGACCCCCAUCGCCUGUCCUCUGGACCUGAAGAGUCUUUAUUGAGUAAUGACAAAUCCUUGGUGACUAAGACUGACAGCCUGCAGUCCAUAUGACAGAAGAAUUCUCUGGAAUAAUUUCAUUAAUGUCAUCAGUCUGCAUGGAUGAAGUCCUGGCCUUUUUACACACAGACUGUUACAUCAUGCAUCCUUAUUCUACAGGAAGACAGUGAUUCUUACAUGCCUACAUGCCUACAAGUACAAUGAGUUCCCAAUUUUA